CGGGGCGUCCCGAGCGCGUGGGCCUGCGGGUCGGGUCAAGAGGUCGAAGGUGCUGCGCGUGAUCCAGGAUCCGAGUUGGCUUGGAGCAGGAGCAUGGCGUCGUCGGGGUCGGUGCAGCAGCUGCGCCUGGUGCUGCUGAUGUUGCUGUUGGCGAGUGCGGCACGGGCCAGACUCUACUUCCGCUCGGGCCAGACCUGCUACCAUCCCAUUCGCGGGGACCAGCUGGCUCUGCUGGGGCGCAGGACUUAUCCUCGGCCUCAUGAGUACCUGUCCCCAGCGGAUCUCCCCAAGAAUUGGGACUGGAGAAAUGUGAACGGUGUCAACUAUGCCAGCGUCACCAGGAACCAGCACAUUCCACAGUACUGUGGUUCCUGCUGGGCCCACGGCAGCACCAGUGCCAUGGCAGACCGAAUCAACAUCAAGAGGAAAGGUGCAUGGCCCUCCACCCUGCUGUCCGUACAGAAUGUCAUUGACUGUGGCAACGCUGGCUCUUGUGAAGGGGGCAAUGACCUUCCGGUGUGGGAGUAUGCCCACAAGCAUGGCAUCCCCGAUGAGACCUGCAACAACUACCAGGCCAAGGACCAAGACUGUGACAAGUUUAACCAGUGUGGGACCUGCACUGAAUUCAAAGAGUGCCACACCAUCCAGAAUUACACCCUCUGGAGAGUGGGUGACUACGGCUCCCUGUCCGGGAGGGAGAAGAUGAUGGCCGAGAUCUAUGCCAAUGGUCCCAUCAGCUGCGGGAUAAUGGCAACAGAGAUGAUGUCUAACUACACUGGAGGCAUCUACGCUGAGCACCAGGACCAGGCCGUUAUCAACCACAUCAUCUCUGUAGCCGGCUGGGGUGUCAGCAACGAUGGCAUCGAGUACUGGAUUGUCCGAAAUUCAUGGGGCGAACCCUGGGGUGAGAAAGGCUGGAUGAGGAUCGUGACCAGCACCUACAAGGGUGGCACAGGUGACAGCUACAACCUUGCCAUCGAGAGUGCCUGCACCUUUGGGGACCCCAUUGUUUAGGUAGAUGUCUCUGGAAGCAGCGCUGUGAACCAUGACAGGGCGGGGUGAUUGAUUACUGACACUGGACAUGUCCAGACAGCUAAAAACAGUGCUUGUGGACAUGAGGACCAGAGUGUGGACUGCAUCCUGAGAGGAGACGGUAAAGGAUGAAACACAACUGCACUGGGGCCCUCCGCCGUACCCUCCAGGCCUGCCUCCUCUGCUACAGUGCUUGCCUUCAGCCACCUGGAGAAGACAGCUAUGGUUUAGGACAGCUCAACUUAUCACCAGAUCUGGAGCCCUGGAAUCCAUGGGAGGAGGGAACAAGUCCAAACUGCCUAAGAGAUGAGUAAAAUAUCUGGCUUCCCA